AUGGCUGCCCCUGUGGAAGUGGGCGAGAGAGCGGCACACCUCUCUCGGGCCCCAAAGGGGCGGGCCCCGGAAACCAAAGGGCUUCAGCGGACCAGUGGGGAGAGACAAGGGGCCGGAACUAGCGAGGGCGUCGGCUGCAGGGCAGGCAGUCUUGAAGGGAUUUCUAGAUACGGAGUCUCAGAAGCUACCGGAACCAAGGUGCUGCAGGGAUUGAAUGUGUCUCGGUCGGAUAUUGUUACUGGACCCAGGCGAGGUGUUCCGUCAGUGUUUCCAGACGCCGGGAGAUCGCUGCAGCUUGGGCGGGUCUUCAGCUUGCACAACUACCGGCCGCAGCAGCAAAGGAUGAACGGAGCUCUAGAAAAGGUGCUGUGUCCAAGGAAUGAUACCAUUUUUAAGCAAGUCUUUUCUCUCUUAAGAUUCAGAACUUCAGGAGAAAAUCCCAUCUGUUCUGCAGAUAAAUUCCUGGAAUUGAAAUUGCUGAGUCAAUGGAUUGUGAUUAAAAUUUUUGGUGGCAUUCUGUUGAGCACCAGUCGGCACUACAAGACAAAGCCUACCCAUGGCAUUGGAAGAUAUAAGCACCUAGUUAAAGCCCAGGAGCCCAAGAAGAAGAGAGGAAAAGUGGAAGUGAGACCCAUUAAUUUGGGAACAGAUUAUGAAUAUGGGGUUUUAAACAUUCACCUGACUGCAUACGACAUGGCCCUGGCAGAGAGUUAUGCCCAAUAUGUUCACAACCUCUGCAACCAUCUAUCCAUUAAAGUUGAGGAAAGUUAUGCGAUGCCCACCAAAACCAUGGAGGUAUUGCGGCUGCAAGAUCAAGGCAGCAAAAUGUUCUUGGACUCAGUUCUUACCACCCAUGAGCGAGUGGUUCAGAUCAGCGGUUUGAGUGCUACAUUUGCAGAGAUUUUCUUGGAAAUAAUCCAAAGCAAUCUUCCUGAAGGAGUCAGAUUGUCAGUGAAGGAGCACACUGAAGAAGACUUCAAAGGAAGGUUCAAAGCUCGGCCAGAACUGGAAGAACUGUUGGCUAAGUUGAACUAGCUCAUUGCAAACCCUUUCAAGCCAGGACUGGUGAUAUUGAGUGCCAAGGGGAAGAGCUUCCUGGGUGGUCAAAAUUAAGAAGAUCCUUUAGAUAUUGUAACUACCCAUCCCCAUUAGCCAGGAAUGCCUCCUCUCUUAUCUGGAGGAGUGUUGCCGAUUACCACUUUCCUUUGAGCCAACCUAAGACAUCCUUCAUCUAAUAAAAAUCUGCAGCUGGUGGA